AAAGAGCAUGCAACCCUCAAAUGGUUGAGCCAGAUUUGGCUUUAGACUUGGAGAUCGCGGAUUUGAUUAAUCAAAAAAAGCAAAAUUAUCCACGCGAUGCAGCUGUUCACAUUGUGCGCCUUAUAAAUCAUCGAAACCCUAAUGUUUCCAUGCUAGCUUUAACAGUAUAUAUUAUCAUUAAACUGUUUUGUCAUUCGUAUUCAAGAUCUGUUAACAGAUUAAAUUGUGGAUAUCCAUUCCAUCUACAAAUUGCUACAAAAGAUUUUUUAAAUGAACUUGUUCGAAAAUUUCCCGAAAAGCCUCCAGUGGUCCCUAAUCCAAUACAAUUGAGAAUAUUAGAAUACAUUCAAGAAUGGAAGUCGACCAUCUGUGUUAAUUCGCGCCAUAAGGACGACCUACAUUAUAUCAAUUAUAUGUAUAGGUUACUUCUUCAUAAAGGUUACGUAUUUCCUGAAAUUGAUGAUCAAUCUGCAGCAGUCCUUAACCCAACUGAUACUUUAAAAUCACCUGAUGAAUUGGAGGAAGAGGAUCGUGCUGCGCAAGCAGCGAAAUUGCAAGAAUUAAUUCGCAGAGGUACUCCUGCAGAUUUGGAAGAAGCAAAUGAAUUAAUGAAAGUUAUGGCCGGCUAUGACCCAGAAGUAAAACCUGAUUAUAAAAAGCAAGCUGGUGAAGAAUUAGAGCGAAUUCAACGAAAGGCAAUACUUCUGAAUGAUAUGCUUAAUAACGUCAAACCUGGUGAAGAAUUGUCACAAGCUUGUAAGGCAGUACAACCCAAAAUUCAAAAAUUUAUUUCAGAAGAAGAAGAUUCUGAAAGUAUUGAUCGACUGUUGAAUUUGAAUGAUAUAAUAAACACAGUUCUGAAGAAAUAUCAAAACAUUCUAAAUGGGGUAUUUAAUGAUCCUAAUGAUGCAUUACCUCCGCCUCCGCCACCUUCCACAACUGGGAGCCAGCCAGAGUCAUGGUUGAUUGAUUUAGGAGAUCCUGAACCUCAGAAAGGUCAAAUCCAAAUUACCGGUGAUCUGAUUGAUGCAAGUGGUGGAUCUUCUAACAAUAAUGACCCACCAAAGACAGGAACUUUGAUAGACGAUUUAAUUGGACUGUCCUUUCAUUGA